AUGGCACAGCACCUGGUAUCGCGCAACCUCACAGCCAACAUCCGUGCCGCCCACCUGCCCUCAGCACCCGACGCCAUCGUGCUGCCCAUGGUGCGCCUCGCCCUCUCCUGCACCGCUUCCGACCCCCUCUCCCGCCCCACUGUCACCGACCUGCUCCGCUCCAUCAAGGCUCUCAAGCGCUUCCUCUCCGCCCCCCGGCGCCCUGCCCUGCCGGCCAGCGCAGGAACGAGCAGGGAUGGUGAUGCUGCAGGCAGUGGGGGAGCUAGAGAGCAGCAGGGUGGGGAGGAUGGGGAUGGGCUUUCUGAGGUUUUCAGUCACAAUGCGCUCGAUGCAAAGCUAGACUGGCUUCUCGAGGAAGAGGAUAGUGGUAGGUUUGUGGCAGAUGUGUAG